AUGUCCCCAUCUCGUUGGAAUUCCCAAGACGUGAUGGUCGUUUUCCAGUCUCUGUCUGGUGACCAGGUAGGGGUCAGCGCACAGCAACUGCAGGGUGUCGUGGACAGUCGGAUCACACAAGGUGUCAUCUUUGGAACCAGGAUUGGUGCAGCUGUGAUCACCAUUGUCAUCCUCAUGAUGGUGUCCAAAAACCGUAAAACUCCCAUUUUCAUCAGCAAUCAAAUCUCAUUGUUGCUCGUGGUCAUACAAUCAGCUCUAUACCUCGGGUACCUUUUCAGUCCCUUUGCUUCGAUUAGUUUUACGAUUGCGCUACUACCAAACAACAUUCCGAAGUCUGACAUACAUCUGUUUGCAGCAGCCAACAUCUUUCAAGUGUUACUGGUUGCCGCUAUUGAGGCUUCCUUGAUCCUGCAGGUUCGCAUUAUUUUCAAGAGUGACACACUAAAGGCCUUAGCUCGAGCGUUGGUGGGUUUUUCUUCCGCACUCGCGGCAGCAACUGUAGCUGUUUAUCUGGUAUCAGCGAUCAAAUCCAUCUCGGCAAUUUAUGCCAGUGCCGAAGCUCUGCCGGAUACAGUAUUCUUUAAUGUGGGGGUUAUUCUUCAGUCAUCAUCAAUCAAUUUCAUGACACUUCUGUUAACUAUCAAAUUGGCUCUGGCUGUGAGGUCUAGAAGGUUUUUGGGUCUGAAGCAGUUCGAUAGCUUUCAUAUUUUGGCUAUUAUGUCUUUCCAGACCCUAAUAUUUCCCAGUUUGCUGUUUAUUUUGGCAUACGCAUUAUCUGGUGUCAAGGGCACCAACUCUUUGAAUAGCAUUGCAGUCUUACUGGUGACCCUUUCAUUACCAAUGUCUUCAAUGUGGGCAACGUCGGCCAACAAUGCAACAAGGCCUUCUUCUUUGAAUACCUCCUUCACUCCCUCCAUUUACGAUGCAUGCUCUGCAAAAAUGGACGAUCGCAGUUUAUGCUCGUCCGGGCAUGACAGGGCCAACCGACAGGCUUACGAAUUGUACCCAAUAUCUCGGGACAGUAACUUCCGCCAGUGUUACGCAUAUGAUAUGCCUGAUGGGGAAAAGGCCAAUCUCCAAUCAUUAGCAGCCUCAUUGAGUACAGCAGGUGGCAGCCUUUCUUCUGGCAAACCACACCACAAAAAUCAGCAGCAAAGUCUGGAUCAGCUCGAGCGCGUAAUAGAACCUGGCGCUUACACGCCAAAUACCCUGGACGAUGAAGAAGCGCGUAAUUUUUGGUCUGGCACAAAGCCUUGA